ACCCGCGGCGGCCGUGUCCGCGGCCCUGCUGAGCCCGGCGCUGCCUCGGCUCCCCGUCGCCCGGCCCCUCGGCUCUGACCGGCCGCGGCCCGCCCUCCCCCGGCCCCCGACCCAGAGCCGAGGGGCCUGCCCGUCCCCGCCGCCCAGAGGCGGCGGCCCCGGCCGCGGCAGUUGUGUCGGUUGGCGGCGCCGAUGGACGGUUGGUAGCAGCCGCCGAAGACAAGGCGGCGGCGGAAGAUGGUGCCGGGAGCCGCGGGCCCUGCUGCUGCCGCCGGCGGAGGAGGAGGCGCUUCCCGUUCACUGAGUUUAACCAGUAAUGCCAUUCAGUUGCCAGUAUCAAGCAAAGCAAACAUAAGCCACUUUUAAUCUGCUUUUUAAGAAAGUGGUAAUCCUUUUCACAGUGCCUGACGUAAUCGUAUCAGAGUGAGGUAUAAGCUCACAGAACCCAGAGAAAUCAUCAUGAAGUUGUAUGUAUUUCUGGUGAACACUGGAACCACCCUGACAUUUGACACUGAACUUACAGUGCAAACUGUGGCUGACCUGAAACAUGCCAUCCACAGCAAGUACAAGAUCGCUAUUCAGCACCAGGUGUUGGUGGUCAACGGGGGAGAGUGCAUGGCUGCAGACCGGAGAGUGUGCACCUACAGUGCCGGGACGGACACAAAUCCAAUUUUUCUUUUUAACAAGGAAAUGAUCUUAUCGGAACGUCUACCUGCUAUUCCUAAAACUACCUUUUCAACAGAAAAUGACAUGGAGAUAAAAGUUGAAGAGUCCCUUAUGAUGCCUGCAGUUUUUCACACUGUUGCUUCAAGGACACAACUUGCAGUGGAGAUGUAUGAAGUUGCCAAGAAACUUUGCUCUUUCUGUGAAGGUCUGGUCCAUGAUGAACAUCUUCAGCACCAAGGCUGGGCGGCAAUCAUGGCCAAUCUGGAGGAUUGUUCAAAUUCCUACCAAAAGCUACUUUUCAAAUUUGAAAGUAUUUAUUCGAAUUACCUGCAAUCCGUAGAGGACAUCAAGUUAAAACUUACUCAUUUAGGAACUGCGGUUUCAGUCAUGGCCAAGAUUCCACUGUUGGAGUGCCUAACCAGACAUAGUUACAGGGAAUGUUUGGGAAGACUGGAUUCCUUGCCUGAAUGUGAAGGCUCAGAAAAGGCCGAUAUGAAAACCUCCACUGAACUGGUGCUCUCUCCCGAUAUGCCUGCAACAAUGAACAAACCCUCCUCAACCUCAUUUCACAAGUCCGUGCAACAUGUAGCCCCAGACACCACAGAUGCUGAAAGUGGAAAAGAAAUGAGGGAACCUUGUCCAAGUCCUGUCCAGCAGGACGAAGCUGCAGUAGAUGCUAAAGACGGUGACCUGCCUUUUUUUAAUGUUUCUUUGUUAGACUGGAUCAAUGUGCAGGAUAGGCCUAAUGACGUGGAAUCGCUGGUCAGGAAGUGCUUUGAUUCCAUGAGCAGGCUUGAUCCACGGAUCAUUCGGCCCUUUAUAGCAGAAUGCCGUCAGACUAUUGCCAAUCUGGAUAAUCAGAACAUGAAGGCCAUCAAGGGGCUGGAGGACCGGCUGUACGCCCUGGACCAGAUGAUCGCCAGCUGCGGCCGACUCGUCAACGAGCAGAAAGAACUCGCUCAGGGAUUUUUAGCUAAUCAGAUGAGAGCUGAAAACUUGAAAGAUGCGUCUGUGUUACCUGAUUUGUGCCUGAGUCAUGCAAAUCAGUUGAUGAUUAUGUUGCAAAAUCAUAGAAAACUGUUGGAUAUUAAACAGAAGUGCACCACUGCCAAACAAGAACUAGCAAAUAACCUUCAUGUCAGACUGAAGUGGUGUUGCUUUGUGAUGCUUCAUGCUGAUCAGGAUGGAGAGAAGUUGCAGGCUUUGCUCCGCCUCGUUAUAGAGCUCUUAGAGAGAGUCAAGAUCGUUGAAGCUCUGAGUACAGUUCCUCAGAUGUACUGCUUAGCUGCUGUUGAGGUUGUCAGGAGAAAAAUGUUCAUAAAACACUACAGGGAGUGGGCUGGUGCUUUAGUCAAAGACGGAAAGCGAUUAUAUGAGGCUGAAAAGUCAAAAAGGGAAUCCUUUGGGAAGUUAUUUAGGAAGUCCUUUUUAAGAAAUCGUCUGUUUAGGGGAUUGGACUCCUGGCCCCCAUCCUUUUGUACACAGAAGCCUCGAAAGUUUGACUGUGAACUUCCAGAUAUUUCAUUAAAAGAUUUACAGUUUCUGCAAUCAUUUUGUCCUUCCGAAGUUCAGCCGUUCCUCAGGGUGCCCCUACUUUGUGACUUUGACCCUCUGCACCAGCAUGUACUUGCGCUACAUAAUUUGGUAAAAGCAGCACAAAGUUUGGAUGAAAUGUCACAGACCAUUACAGACCUACUGAGCGAACAAAAGGCAUCCGCGAGUCAGACGUCCCCACAGGCGGCUUCCUCACCCCGGAUAGAAAGCACGACAGGAAUCACAACUACUACCUCACCCAGAACACCCCCUCCACUCACUGUGCAGGGCCCCUUGUGUCCUGCAGUCUGCCCCUUAGAAGAAUUGUCUCCGGAUAGCAUUGAUGCACAUACAUUUGAUUUUGAAACUAUCCCCCAUCCAAACAUAGAACAGACUCUUCACCAGGCUUCGUUAGACUUGGAUUCAUUAGCAGAAAGUCCUGAAUCAGAUUUCAUGUCUGCAGUGAAUGAGUUUGUAAUAGAGGAAAACUUGUCAUCUCCCAAUCCUAUCAGUGAUCCACAGAGUCCAGAGAUGAUGGUGGAAUCCCUUUACUCCUCAGUCAUCAAUGCCAUCGACAGCAGGCGAAUGCAGGACACGAGUGCCCGAGGUCAGGAGCAAUCGGGCCACCACGCGUCUCUCGGCGUCCAGCUGGAGAAGUGCCGUGUCACUGCCCACGACUCGCACCUCAGUGUACAAACCAUAAAGGAGGACCUUUGCCACUUCCGAACGUUUGUGCAGAAGGAACAGUGUGACUUCUCAAAUUCUUUAAAGUGUACAGCAGUAGAAAUAAGAAACAUUAUUGAAAAAGUAAAAUGCUCUUUGGAAAUAACACUAAAUGAAAGACACCAAAAAGAACUACAGUCUUUAAAAAGUGAAUAUGAGGGCAAACUUGCUGCACUAGUAAAGGAGAGUGAAGAAAAUGAAAACAAAAUCACAAAGCUGAAAGGAGACUUGGUGUGCCUUGAGGAGGUUUUACAAAAUAAAGAUAACGAAUUUGCUUUGGUUAAACAUGAGAAGGAAGCUGUCAUCUGCCUGCAGAAGGAAAAGGAUCAGAAGUUGUUAGAGAUGGAAAGUAUAAUGCAUACGCAACACUGCGAGAUGGAAGAACUGAAGCAGUCACGGGAGACCGUGCUAGCAGACUUAAAGAGGCUCCGCGUGGAGAACGAUGAGAAGCUCCAGCUGUUGAGGGCAGAGCUCCAGUGCCUGGAGCAGAGCCACCUGAAGGACUUGGAGGACACUCUGCAAGUCAGGCACACUCAGGAGCUCAAGAAGGUCAUGACCGGCCACGAGGUCUGUUUGGAGAAAUUAGAAAAGGAAAGUCAACAGAGAAUCGAGCAGAUGCAAGAUUCUCAUGCCACAGCCAUCCAGGAAAAAGAACAGCAGCUCCAGGAAUUAAAACUCAAGGUUUCUGAUUUGUCGGACAUGAGGUGUAAGUUAGAGGUUGAACUUGCCCUGAAGGAAGCAGAAACGGAUGAAAUAAAAAUUUUGCUGGAAGAAAGCAGAGCCCAGCAGAAGGAGACCUUAAAAUCUCUCGUCGAACAAGAGACAGAACAUUUGAGAACAGAGAUGGGUAAACUAAAGCAAAAGAUUCAAGAUGAUAAUGAAAAUUACCAGGUGGGCUUGGCCGAACUACGAACUUUAAUGACAAUUGAAAAAGAUCAGUGCAUUUCAGAGUUAAUUAGUAGACAUGAAGAAGAAUCUGAUAUGCUUAGGGCCGAGGUGAACAAAGUGACGACAUUGCAUCACCAAGCAUCUGAAGUAGAAAAAGGCCUGAAAGAAGGAUUGGCUGAACUGCAGAGUAAACUGGACUCAGAACUGAGUGCUCUUGAGAAAGAAAAAGAUGAGAAGAUCACCCGGCAAGAAGAGAAGUACAGAGCUAUUAUCCGGAACCUUGAAAAAGACAAAGAGGAAUGUGUCAUGUGGCACGAACAGGACCGAGAACAGCUGAUUCAGAGGCUUAAUUGUGAAAAAGAGGCAGCUGUUGAGACUGCCCGUAAAGAAAUGAGCUUGGAAAGGGAAGCUGUUGAGAAGGAGUUGUUAGAAAAAAUUAAACAUCUUGAGAGUCAAAUAGCAAAAAGUCAUACCAUUGAAUCUACCAAAGAAGAUUCUUCAAGCCUAGUCGCUGAACUUCAAGAAAAGCUCCAGGAAGAAAAAGCUAAGUUUCUAGAACAACUUGAAGAGCAGGAGAAAAGAAAAAACGAAGAAAUGCAGAAUGUGCGAACGUCUUUGAUUGCUGAACAACAGACCAAUUUUAAUACUGUUUUAACAAGAGAGAAAAUGAGAAAAGAGAACAUAAUCAGUGACCUCAGUGACAAGCUGAAAAGCACGAUGCAGCAGCAGGAGCGGGACAAAGAUUUGAUCGAGUCCCUGUCCGAGGACCGCGCACGCUUGCUGGAGGAGAAGAAGAGGCUGGAGGAGGAGGUCAGCCGGCUGCGGGGCGGCGGCCCUGUCCCCUUCCCGGGGGUGGCCGCCGCCCCCGAGCUGUAUGGGGCCUGUGCGCCCGAGCCCCCGGCGGAGGCCCCGGAUGCCCUCGGCGAAGGCAGGCCGGACUCAGCGCUGGAGACCAGCACGAUGUCUGUCCGAGAAAACGUCCACAUGCUCUCUGAAGAAAGGCAGAGGAUAAUGCUGUUGGAACGAACACUACAGUUGAAAGAAGAAGAAAACAAGCGGUUGAAUCAGAGACUGAUGUCUCAGAGCAUGUCGUCCGUGUCCCCAAGGCAUUCGGAAAAGAUAGCUAUUAGAGAUUUUCAGGUGGGAGAUCUGGUCCUCAUCAUCCUGGACGAGCGCCAUGACAAUUACGUGCUCUUCACCGUGAGUCCCACCUUGUACUUCCUGCACUCAGAGUCGCUGCCUGCCCUGGACCUCAAACCAGGUGAGGGGGCUUCAGGUGCAUCUCGAAGACCAUGGGUCCUUGGAAAAGUGAUGGAGAAGGAGUACUGUCAGGCCAAAAAGGCACAAAACAGAUUUAAAGUUCCUUUGGGGACAAAGUUUUACAGAGUGAAAGCUGUGUCAUGGAAUAAGAAAGUAUAAUUUUGGAAGAAAUUGAGACAUUCUGUGACGUUUUUCUGAUUUGUCCCAACAGUGCUCAUUCAUCACUCCAAAAACAGCAGGCCAUCUUUUUAUAUACAAGUCAACACGACAGCAUACUUCUUUCGUGUAUAUCAUUUACUUUCUACCUGGCUACAUUUUAGGAACAAUAAAUUCAUCAAAACCCUUGGCUGAGUUAAAAUGGUUUUGUUUUUGUUUUUCUACCCAAGUAACUCUAGAAAUGCGGACCAAACUAGUUCACCUUCUCAAAGGGCACACCCGUGCACUGUGGUUUAUGAUCAGCCAUAUUCUUUGCCUGUUACAUAUACCUUAGCUUGAACUUAGAUAUUCAGUGUUAGUUGUUAUUACCAGCAUUUGUCCUUUUGUGAAAUCAAUAUCAGAAGACUUGCACUCUUUAACACAUUCUUUAUAAAAUGUAUAAAUUCUUCAAAACUAUUUAAGGAGGAGUGUCACUGCAUGCAGAUAAUCAUAAUUUUGAGUUUGCCUCUGUAGAUUACUAAAACAAAUCGUUUCAUUUAUUUUUUUAAUGCCCUUUGAUGUUUCCAAACAAGAAGGAACUCUAAUUUGAUUGACUGACUUUACGAUCAGCCAUAAUCAGCAAUCUUCAAAAGCACUUUGAACAGAUUGGUCGCCUGGGUUCUACAGGGAGGAGUGUGCUAGUGGUGGUUUCUCAAGCAGCACACAGACCUUCCCGACACUUUAUUAUUCUGUUGAGAAGAAUCAUAUUGAUGAGGUUGUAAUUCAUGGUUCAGUUUCAGAAAAAACAUAUUCAUUGUACAUUAACCAUUUAGAGGUCAUUUAAAUAUAACAAAAUGUUGUAUUGUAAAAGACAUGUAGAAUUUUAAAACAAUAAAGAUUUGAACCUGUAAGUGUGUGUGCCUUUUAAAGAAGGAUACAUGUUUAAUAUAUUUGAGUGAUUGCUGGGAAGUGUGAAAAGCUUGUUCUGUAUCAUAUCAAAAGAGAAACAUGUUUAUUACAAAAAAUGUUCUUUAACUAUAUGCUAUGUAACAGGGUAAAACAGUGUUACGUAGAGUAGAGUUGUGUGAAGCCGAUCUUUAGCUAAGUGGCCACGGAGCAGGGGUAUUUAAAUGAGUAGUUGAGUUGGUUGAGACUUGUUUCAGGUUUGUUGCUAGAGAACAAUAAUAAAGUGUUUCUUUUUUUCAGAAAAUAUUUAAUUUCUUCGUAAAAAUAAGUUAAAUAUUUUUUUAAAUAUGUAUGUCUAAUAGUACAGAAAAUGGAAUAAACACCAUAGUGUAUAGAAAACUGAAUUUGACAACAUAUUAAUGAAUAAAUGAACAAAUGAUUUCA